AUGGAUCACAGUAAGUAUCGCAGUCGUCUCACUUUGUCAGCUGGCAUUGACGACGUAUGCCGCGGCCACUGCAACAGGUUACGGCGCCGGUGGUGGAUUCAUGCGCGGCUCGCAAGGAGGCGCCGCGAGCAGUCCCGGAGAGGGUGGAUCAAGGGUGUGUCUGCGGUGGGAUACAACUAGUAACGGUGCGUCGAUGCGCGCGAGUGCUGAUACGGGUGCUGUUCGGGUCGCUCGUGCAGCGCAACGGCCCUUCGUCGCUGCGACCGGUGACGAUCCACCAGAUCCUCAACGCUUCCCAGGCCCACCCGGACGCGGACUUGUUCAUCGACGAGAAGGAGGCAAAAGAUGUGAGUCCGGUGCCAUGGCAAGUUUCGUGUGCCAUCAAGACCCAGCGGUCGACGGUGGGUGCCGACGCUGGGCUUGGCGCGCCGUAACGUGAGCGAGGUCGAGGCUCAGCGCCGUGUUGGAGGGUGCUGGCAUCAACCGCUUGGCCGUACGAACCAGAAGCUUAUUUCGCUUCAAUUUUUAGAUCACAUUCGUCGCCUGCGUUCGCAAUGUCAACAGCUCAGCGACUCAUCUCGGUUACCUUGUCGAGGACGGGACAGGUGCGUAGAACGACCUUGUCGAGCGAACACCAGCCGUAUGGGAUUCUCAGCUCACCCUGUAGACGUACUGAUUUCAGGCCAGAUCGAUGUGCGAAGAUGGAUCGAUGGCGACGUGGAAGCGGCGGCGAGCGAAUUCGAGUCAGUCGUUGAAAAUUUGUCGCGCGACCGAACCGUUGGCCUGUACGCUGACUUACCUUCUUCUUCAUCCGACUCGGAUCCUACACUGCAGCAUCAACACAUACGUUCGCAUUCUCGGCACGAUCAAGGUCUUCCACAACAAGCGGUCGAUCCACUGCACACGCAUGCGCCUCGUCGAGGACAAGAACGAAGUUUUGUACCACGCGAUCGAAUGCGUUCACGCCAGUCUGUUCCUCACCCGAGGGCCCGUAAGUGAAGAGAAUCAGUCGUUGUGACUUUCUUUCAUCCCGUUGCUCAUCAAUCUCGAAUCUGCGAUGAUAGCCGGGGAAGGGGAAUGGCGCAGCCGGUAUCAACAACCAAGCCGGUGGCCAGUACGACGCCAACAACCCCUACGACGGGGCCGCCAACGGUGGUGGCGCAGGAGGCGAUCCCUUUGCCGACUUCCCGCCCGUCCAGCGCAAGCUCAUGCAGUUCAUCAAGGACACCAUUCCGCAAGCGCAAGAAGGCGUCAACAUCCAACACAUCGCCAGGUCCGCCGGUGUGCCGCACGACCAGGCGAUUCAACAACUCGGCUUGCUACAGGAGGAGGGUCACCUCUAUUCGACCUUCGAUGAUAAUCAGUCAGUCUUCAAGCUGAGCGGGGUCGACGCGAAGAGCAGCGAUAAGCGCGUUUGCUGA